AUGUCCCGCGGGGGCAGCCGCUGGCCGGUUCGCCUGCUGCUGACCGCCUGCCUGAUGGCCGGGCCGGCGCUGGGCCAGGAGUGCUCGGCGGAGAAGAUGGAGAAUUCCAUCAUCGAUAUAAACCUGUCCCUGCCCCGCGGCGUGCGGGGCGCGGAGCCGCUGCGCGUCCCCGGCGCGGGUGCGUGUGUCCGCGCCUGCUGCUCGGGGCACCGGCUCGCAGGAGACAAGAAGUGUAAUUUGAUUAUUUUUUAUGCUGCAAGAACAAGUACACAUCCAAACUGCUACUUGUUUUACUGUCCUAGCACUGAGGCUUGUCCAAUGAAACCUGCAACAGGACUUGUGAGCUACUGGAUAACUACAGAGGAUAAAUCCAUCAAGACUGAGAACUUUUCUUCAGAUGAGCAUUCUUUGCCUUCGGAUGCUGGAACCUUCAUUUCUCACAGCCAGGACAUCCAUCAGAAUCACACUGCCAGUUUGGAGCAGUCUGUCUUUCAUCAGGCAUCUGAGCUCCUGAACCACAUAGGCAAGCAUUUGGACAACAUGGAACUUCAUACAGUUUCUCCUGAACCUCAAAGAGCAAAAGAAUCUGAGAGCUUGGACCCCAUCUCAAGGCAGCAGGGAAUUAAUGUGCCAUCCAGCACUCCUUCUGCUGCUCCAGUUGGAAACCCCACUGCUUCCUUCCCCACCUCUGCUCAGGCAGGUGCCCCUGAAACCAGCAGUGCUGCUCUUGCUGCUCUGCCAACAGGCACUGCCCAGCUGGAGUCUCUUACAACCUCUCUGCAUCCUGGUGCUGCCAAACCAACCACAGCCCAUCCCACCACAGCUGCCUCUCCACCUGCAGCUAAUCCUGCUGUCCCUGCCUCCAGCAUCACUGCCACUCAUCAUGUUCCUCUUUCCAAGCCCACAAAUUCUGCUUUUCCUUCUACAACCGUGCAGGUGACCACGAAUUCUGGAUCUGCCACUGCCCUAUCAGGGGUAAGGACUCCAGCCAUGGCUCCUGAGCCAACAGUUCUCUCCUCCAGUGAUACCAGCCAUAGGACCCUACCCUCUUUUCCAGGUUUCAUUCUGUCCAGCAAUUCUCCUGCAUCUUCCCAAAAUGACCUUCAAGGUUAUGACCCGUCUGACUCAGAGAGCUCCCUGUCAGAAGGUGUUCUGAGAGGGAAAGGUGUCUUUCAGCUGGGGGAAAAAAGCAGCCUUGUAGCAGCUUUGUUUUUUGGGAUGAUGUUCUUGUUGCUGGUUAUUGUGCUGACAGGGAGGAAAAUCCAUGAAUCUCUUCAGAAGAGGCGUUACACCAGGCUGGAUUAUUUGAUCAAUGGAAUUUAUGCUGAUGUCUGACUGGGAGAGGGAAUAAAAUUGUGGGGAGCACCUCUCACUUUUGAGAGGAGAACUCUGAAAUGGAACAGUAGAUACUGAAAUCUCAGAAGAGGAUGGAUUCCUUUUUUGGGGUCUAAUGGGAAAGCAGGAGACAGGAGAUGGGUUUGGUGGUGAGAAGGAAUGCUCUGUCUGUGCUGAACUAUAAUGUCUGUCAUUUUUGAUUUAUUCCUAAAUCCUGAGAGUAAACAUCUAAAUCCAAGUUAAGCUAAGAAGGUCUUAUAUUUAAGGAGAAAAGGAAUUUCACGAGCUUAAUCUGUACUGUGACAAGAUUAGUGAAAUUUAAGUACACCUAAUAAAUUGAGUACCUGUG